AUGAACGCCUCCACGCUGCUCCCGCCGUGCUGUUUACGUAUCCACCCAGAAAACCCCGAAAUCGUCGUUUUUGGAACGUACAAACUCGAAAAACCUUCCUCCCUCAGACAUGGCUCUUUGGACGUCUACUCCACCACCAACAACAACUUCAACCUACUAUCGUCUACGAAAACAGAGCUGGCUGUGCUCGACUUGAAGGUCUGCCCGGACGACCUGGCUACGUGGGUGCUGGCCCAUUCUACGGGAAACAUCUGUAUUUGGACAUACACCAACCACAAGCUUGAACUCAGGGAGAACCUUGAGUUGUUUGAUAAGGAUGUGCUUGUAACGUCUGUGUUUUUUAGUCCCACCGACAAGACCUCUCUUCUAGCAACAUUGACUUCGGGAGAGGCAGCGUUGGUGGACUUGACCAGCGGCGCUUUUCGUGUUUUGGCAGAAUCCCAUUCGUUGGAAUGCUGGACAGGAGCGUUUGGCGAAGAAGGGCCUGCUGCCAAUGUUGUUUUCACCGGCGGCGACGACGCCAGACUCAUAUCUCAUGAUCUUCGAACGGACAGUAAGAUCUGGGCAACGUCUCAUCGACACCACGACGCUGGCGUCGUGCUGAUCUUGUGUCCUGGUAAGGAAUGGCCGUUGGAACUGCCCAAUUGUCUCUGGACGGGCUCGUACGACGACAACUUGCGAGUAUUUGAUUUGCGUAAGUUGGAUACCGACGAAGGACCUUCUUUGUUUCCUUCUUUGCUCCCCCAGGAACUCCAUAAAAUCAACUUGGAAGGCGGCCCACAACGCCUGCCAACUCUGUUCUAG